UCUAGUCUAGAGUCUAGUUUAUAGUCUAAUAUAUAGCUCAGUGUUAAUGUUUGUAUUCUGAAUUCUCAUUCAAAAUACUUUGGAAUUUAAACUCAAUUCUAAACUAUAUUUUAAGUUUAAGAGCUUUUAUCUUAAUCCGCGUAAAAAAGGUAUUGUUAAAUAACAACCAUGAGAACGAUUUGUUCCUUGUCUGUAUGUUUAACAUUUUAAAAAGCUUAUUAUCGUUAAAAAAUAACUCGUGUUAAUAAAUUAGUGGUAGUUUCUUCAAUAUGGCAACUACUGCAACUGCUCAUAAGCUUUUAAGCUUAAUUUCAUGCACCCCCAAUAGCAGCUGCUGCAAACAUUCCAUAUCACACCACCAACACCACCCCUAUUUUUCUAACAAACAAGGAACCACUAACAAUUAAGGAAAAUUUUUUGACUCAUACAGUUUGUUGGUAACAAACAGAAGAAAAAUUAAAAUUUUACAACUAAAAAUAGUUUUUAUAGUUAAAAUUAAAAAAAAAAAAUCUUAGACAAAAUAAAGUUUCCUAAUAACGACUACCUCCAGUUUAUAUAAAAAAUCUUAAAAGAAAAAGAAAACCCCCAAAGUUAAAAAAACCAAACCUACAUAAUUAUGGCAAAUUGUGAUUUAUAUGACAUUUGGUCCAAGGCCUGUAAUCAUUAUGACAUACCCGAAGAUACAAUACGUUCCUGGUAUGAACGUAUACGCAGUAAACUCAAUGAGGAUGUCACCAAACGUGUCUAUCACAAUUGGUCUUGUAUGUUGGCACCCAAACGCAUUGAAUUGGAAACAGCCAAACCACAUCUUGUCUUAGCUGCCUUUUUUCAAUAUUAUGAAUUUGAUUUAGAAAGAAGUUGUGUACAAGAUAAUUGUAAAAUAUUUCGAGAAUUCUGUCAAGAUGGUUUAAUUGAAGAUGAAAAUAUGAAACAGUUGGUCUGUCGUUUGUUGGGUGAAAAGAGUACUGAGGCAAUUAAUGGUGACAUUGAUUAUGAUAUGGCAUUUUUACAGGAUUUGGAUUUAUUAAUAUUGGCCUCAACUCCAGAUGUUUACAAAAACUAUGCACAAUUGUCACGUCAAGAAUGGUCAACAGCGGGUAAAACUAAUUUCGAUAUGUUAAGGCGUAAAACUUUAACCACAUUAUUGGCCUUGGAUAUCUAUCAAACUCCUGAAUUUAGUAAUAAAUAUGCCAAAAUAGCACGUGCCAAUAUUGAACAAGAACUUAAAGAAUUAGAAAAUUGUUAGAUAAAUGAAAACAUGCUUAAAACUAAAACAAAAUGAUUUGCCCAUAAAUUUAAAAAGAGAAUUUAAAAAAGUGAUGUUUUUACAACAAGUAUUUUUUUUUUUUUUUGAUAUUAAAAGAUUUUUGUUUAGCAAAUCAAACAAAACAAACAACUUGAUAUUUAAAAACUAAAAUAAAUAUUAAUCUAAUGUUCCAGAUUAAUUCUAGUUUACAGAAACAAUUUUUUGCUUAUUGCUAACAUAUUUAACAAACACAUAAAGUAUACAAUCAAAAUGUAUGAAAAUUAUAAAAUUAGUAUAAAAUUUUUAUAAAAAUUAAAAAAAAAAAGAUCCCUAUAGUAUGUUUGUUUUUUUAUUGCAAUUACAACAAGUUAACAUUAGUUAAUCUUCUGUAUUAAAUUUUAAACUAUUUACAAACAAAAGUAUUAUAUUAACAUUUUUAAUAGCAUUUAAUCAAAACAUUUUUUUUUGCUAUAUAACAACUUUGUUAUAUAUUUCAGCCUACUGUUUGCUUAAUGGCUUUUAAAUACUUUAAUUAACUCAUUUUUAAAGGACAAUAAAAACAGUUUUCGGUUUAAACAUUUACACUUUUUCUAUAUAUAAAAUACCAGUUCAUUGUUCAAUAUUAUUGCUGUUAUUUUGCUCUUCUUCCUUAUUAUAUGUUUAUAUAUAACUCUCUUAAUGUGUAAUUGUAAAUGCCAAAAAUAUAAAAAUCAAAUAAAUGUAACUACUAGUCAAAAUAAUGCAAAAUAUAUACCAUAUACAAAAAUAGUUAUAAAUACAAAUUACCAAUCUGUAGUUUUAAUUCACAGCAAUAUUUUUGUAACAUUUUGCAAAAUUGUAAACAGUUUUAAAUACAAAAUAUGUAUUUAUUAUUUUGUUCGCUUUAAAUAUUUGCAAUUUUGCAACAUUUAAAAAAUGUUGUUGUGUAAUACAUGUAAUUUAAUGUAAUGAAAGUAAUAAAGCUUGAACUGUUAACAUCAGCAGGUAAGUAUUUAGAAAACAAAUUGAAAUAUUUAGAAAUUUUUGAAUAUAUCAUUGGAUUUUUUCAUGAUUGAAACUCUUAUUCACUGGAAUCUAACAAAUGUCUCCAAAGAUAAAAGAUAUCCUUUAUAGCCACUAUGAUCUUAUCUUGCUACAAAGGUCAAAUAUAUGAUCGUUUCAAGAAUUGUACAUAACCGAGGUGCCCUAAUUUGUAAACAUCUAGCCGCGCCCCAGCUAAACCCAUGAAUUUCAAACUCAAAAUCUAAACUCGACAACAGUUCCUCUUUUCCCAUGAGAAAUUUCAUUAUAAGUUUUUAGUAGUUAGAGACCUAUUUCUCUCUACUUUAUUUUCUACACCACUGUUCAUCGUUUAACGGUCGCCUAGCGGAUGUAGUAGUGCUUGUUGAGGAUCCUAAGCGGUGUUUUUGAUCGGCUACCUUUCUCCAUUUAAGCGAUUUGAUACGAUCUACCUCGUCUCGCUUACUUGCAGCAUUCUUAGGAAGCUUGUAAAAAAUGAAAUGUUCUCUGGUGUGUCUUCACUUGAGGAUGUCUUUUUGGCUCUUUCUCAAACCUCGCCAGUCUUGGCAUCUGAUUAGAGAGUAUUUGUCAUACUUUUUUAGGGCAGUUGAGUGCUGUGUCCAACGCUUUUGCCGCCUGAAACAAAUCGAAAAAAGUCUAUUGGUUAGAAGCUAAUCUUCUGAGAAGUAUCCAAUCUUCUUUUUAUCCCACAAAAGAGCAUAUAAAGGGAUGAUAGAUAGAUAGAUAGAUAGAUAGAUAGAUAGAUAGAUAGAUAGAUAGAUAGAUAGAUAGAUAGAUAGAUAGAUAGAUAGAUAG